AUGGCUACUGGAUUCGCCAAAGAUCAACCGAAAGGGUUCAAAAACCAUCUCGAGAAUAUUGCCAUUGUCGGCGCUGGCGGCCAAAUCGGCAAAUACAUCGUCCAAGCCCUGCUUGCAAACGGAAAACACAAAGUCACCGCCCUUACUCGUGAAGGCAGCACCAACAGCAUCCCUGCAGGCGUCCAUUCCAUCCAAAAGAUCGACUACACUCAGCCCAGCACCAUUGCCGAAGCCCUCAAGGGUCAAGAUGCAUUGAUCUGCACCUUGUCCGUCCGCGCAACCGAUGAAGCAGAAAAMCUCAGCCGAGCCGCUGCCGAAGCAGGCGUGAAAUGGAUCUUGCCCAACGAGUUCGGAAACUCCAAGGAAAACGACGAUUUCAACCGUGAAAUCAUCAUCGGAGCCAAAAAGGCGCAAGAUCGGAGAAUCAUAGAGGAGCUGGGCGUGAGUUCGUGGAUUGGUGUUGCGACGGGCUUUUGGUAUGAGUAUAGCUUGUCUGCGGGCCCGUGGAGUUAUGGGUUUGAUAUCAAGAACCGUACUGUUACGUUCUAUGAUGAUGGCACCAAGCAGAUUGAUACGACUACGUUCCCGCAGGUCGGUCUUGGAGUAGCGAAUCUGCUUGCGCUCAAGGUGCUGCCGGAGGAUGAGAAUGAUAAGAGCACGACUUUGUCGCAGUUCAGAAAUGAAUUUGUCUACAUCUCGUCUUUUAGGGUUAGUCAGCAGCAGAUGUUUGAAUCGCUCCUCAAAGUCACUGGGACGAGUCGUGAGGAUUGGAGCGUCAUCUCGGAGCCGGUCAUGGAGCGCUAUGCGAAGGGCCAGGAGAUGUUCAAAUCUGGCCAUCACGCGGGCUUUGGUGUGUUGUUGUAUUCGAGAGUGUUCUUCCCGGAUGAGGCUGGUCAGCACCCGCGUAAUGACAAUGCUGCUUUGGGCUUGUCGGCUCAAGACCUCGAUGAGUGGACCGCUGUUGCGGUCAAGAUGGUCGAGGAAGACUACUUUUUGAAGGAAAUUGUUCCACGGACUAGAGGUUAG